AUGGACAAUCCACCAACAGAUGCACCUCGUCCUCUGAAGCGAAAUUCAAAUGAUGUGGGAUGGGAAUUUGGAGUCUUAUGUAAUCCAAAAAAUGUAGACAAGGUCAAAUGCAAGUUGUGUGGAAAAGAAUUCUCUGGUGGUAUUUAUAGAAUGAAAGAACACAUUGCUCAUGUGAAAGGGAAUGUCUCAGCCUGUCCUGUAUCAUCUAAAGCGGAUCAAGAGAAGUGUAAGCAGGCAAUUCUUGAUGCAAAAGAGAAAAAGGGUUUGAAGAGGAAACAUGAACAAGAACUGAGGGCAGAAGUGAACAUAAACAAAGGCAGCAAUGUUGAAGAAUUGGAAAGAGAGUUGGGAACUCUUAAAAGUCCUCACUUCCAAGGUCCCAUCGAUCAGUAUGCAACCUCCAUAAACCCUCAAGCUUCUUUGGCUGCACAAGCACGACAGCAAAAUAUACAUGACGCCAUAUCUAAGGAGAAGACACAUGCUGUCCGUCAAUACUGUGCUAGAUGGAUGUAUGAGGCAAAUGUUGCUUUCAACGCCAUUGACAAUGAAAGUUUCAGGUUGUUUUGUGAAGCUUUGGGACAGUUUGGACCUGGUUGGGUUCCUCCAAGUCAGUAUCAGCUCAGAGGACCAUUGUUAAUUGAGGAACAAAAAAGGACCAAGGAAAAGUUGAAGAAUCUAGAAGAAGAAUGGGAAACAGAAGGCUGCUCAGUGAUGACCGAUGCAUGGAGUGAUAUGAAAAGAAGAAGCAUAAUGAAUUUGUGUGUCAACUCAAGGGGAGGUACAUGUUUUCUUUCAUCAAAAGACACCUCUAAAGAUUCUUACACGGGGGAGUACAUCUUCAAUUAUAUUGACCAGUGGAUUGAAGAUAUAGGAGCUGCAAAGGUAGUGCAAGUGGUCACUGAUAAUGCUACAAACAACGUGGCAGCUGCAAAGAUGCUGAAACAAAAGAGACCAAAUAUAUUUUGGACAGGUUGUGCUGCACACACUAUAGAUCUGAUGCUCGAGGGAAUUUCUAAGCUUCCGGGAAUUGCAAAGAUAAUUGACCAAGCAAAGGCUGUUACGAUUUUUAUAUAUGCUCAUCAUACAACACUGUCCAUGAUGAGAACAUGUACAAAUAACAGAGAUAUCGUAAGACCAGGAGCAACAAGGUUUGCAACUUGUUUUUUGACUAUGCAAAAGCCUAUACGACAAGAAGGCACAACUGAUGAGCAUGUUUGGCAGUGA